AUGAAUAUGUUGGGCACCGGCAGCUCGAGCGAGAGUCACCUCCGAGAUCACGCCAAACAGAAGUACAUCGGAUCAGCGUUUACGUCCGGUGCCCUCAGUGACCAGAAAUACCUGGAAAUACUGGGCCAGGAGUUCAAUUGCAUGACACCCGAGAAUGAGAUGAAAUGGGGGUCUCUGGAGGCCAUCAAAGGGCAGUACAACUGGGGAAACGCCGACAAAUUGGUU